CAACAAAAGUAUGUCUGUUUGAUGAAUAGUAGUUUCCUACCUUAUUUCACACAAAAGAUUCUAUAUAUAUGGGUCGAUCCAUCCAUCGAUCUACAGUACACCCACCAACUGAAUCAAUUAGGGCAAAGUCUAUUAACAGACAUAAUCAAUGGCUGAUGUUUUUCGAUUCUCGCCUUCAUUCUCCUCCUCCUCUUCAUCCUUAACCUCAGUCCCAUCUACUUUCCAUCCCAAGAAAUUGGGUUUUUCUCAAAUCGUUUUCAAAACACCCAAAAAACAAUUCGAUUCAUUCAAGGUGCAUACAGGUGUGACAGAAACAGAGCAGCAACAACAGCCAAAAUGGUGGGAAAGAAAAGGAGGAGCAAACAUGAUUGAUAUUAACUCUACCCAUGAUUUGUUAACUGCAUUAGUUGAGGCUGGAGAUAGAUUAGUUAUUGUUGAAUUCUAUGGAACUUGGUGUGCUUCUUGUCGAUCAUUAUUUCCCAAGCUUUGUAGAACGGCAAAAGAUCACCCUGAAAUCUUGUUUCUGAAAGUCAAUUUUGAUGAGAAUAAGACAAUGUGCAAAAACCUUAAUGUCAAAGUUCUUCCAUUCUUUCAUAUCUAUCGAGGGGCUGAUGGAUUGCUGGAUGCCUUUUCUUGUUCAUUUGUCAAAUUUAAGAAGAUUAAGAAUGCCAUAGAAACAUACAACAAUUCUGUUGGUUCCAACGUUGGCAUGCCCAAUGGUCUUACCCUUGAAAUGCUGUCUGCUCAAGUGGACAAACAAACGGGUCCUUCAAGUUCAACAACAUCAUGAUCAGGACUUAUUGUU